UAGAUAUGUAGAUAACUGAGAAGCAUUUACAGAUUUUAGACAAUAAUCAUUUUACUGGAGCGACAGGAGGAAUUUGAAGCAAUAACCUUCGAAAAAGUUCAAAUAAACUUAAUUAUAUAUUUAUAUACAAGUACUAGCAUCAAAAUUUAAAGCAUUCGUGCAUACCAAUGCCAAUAGAUGUGCUGCACUAAUGCUGUACACACAGCUAAUCACGGAAAAUAUUGAAACAUUAGUGUAGCAUUUCUUGUAUAAUAUUAGUGCACAGUUCUGUAAUCGAAAAGAAAAUUUCUGCAUAAAUAUCCGGAAUGAAAAUUUUCUUCUACGUUAAUCUUAUAUAAGGCUUCUCCACGUAAAACUCACCUUUUACUUAAGUACUUAACUUUUUGUGAUAAUCAUAGCUCUUCAGCCGAAAAACGCAAAGAGUUGGGGAACGUCCUAUUUUGUAGCUUAAAAAUUUUUUAUUUUAAAUAGUGAUCAAGCAAAGUCUAGCAGUUGACUAGUUUGAGUGACACAAUGUUUUUGGUAUACGUCACCUUCGUACAAAAGGGUCUUAUUGGUGGGAAUGAUAGGCACGUGUUUAGAUUAGAGCUAGGCUUUGCUUAGUUAUGUUUAAGCUACAAAAGAGGACGCCCUGGUUUACGCUUUUUGGGUCCUAGUCUGAGACGGGUCGUAUAUGCUGUUUAUAUUUACGUUAUAGUCUAACAACACCACCAUGCUCUGAAAAUGUUAUCUGGAUAAUAUUUCGUGGUGAAAUGGAAUUUUCUGAUGAUGAAUUACAAUUGUUACAUAAUAAUGUAUUUUUUGAAGACUUUCGUGAACCGCAACCACUGAAUAAUCGAAUAGUGUUAAGAAGUUAUUCAAAAGAAGAUAAUUCAACAUUAACAUAUCAAUCCUAUCAUUGCAAUGCGCAACAACCAGUACAAUCAUCAACAUCGUUCAUUUAUUCUGCUGCUUGUUGGAAAUAUUUUGCUUUAUUUAUUAUUUCUUACAUUAUUUUCUGA